UCGUUCGCAUCGUCGACGCGAAGCGUGAGAGGGGAGAGAGAGCGAGAGAAAGUGGGAGAGAAAGAGUGUAAGAGAGAGAGAGAGGAGUGUGUAGCGUGUGUGUAUAUACGCGCGCGAAAGAGAGCGAAAAGGAAGGAUCAAAAUAAUACGAAGGAAAGGUGAAUUGGGGGAGGAGGUACUGAGAGAGGAAGAACGUAGGAAGGAAAAGGACGAGAGUGAACUAUGUUACGAGUCGUCGUCGUGCCGCUCGGUCUCGCCUGAACAAAGAAAGAUUCUCCCUCGGUUCUCCGCGUCGAGGGUCGUUUCCGAUCGACGAACCGUCGUCGGGAUCCUUCCUCGGGCGUCUUCGGUGCAGCUCGUGCACCACGAGCGCGCACGAAGCGGUCAGUCACGUAGCAGCGGCCGAGCCGUGAGGAACAAAGGACGGCGGCAGGAUCGAGAGAGACGGAGAGUGAGCGGAACAACGAGAACGGUGUCCCGGCGUCGUGUUACUCUCGGCAACGCGAUCCAAGCGUUGGGGGCUCCGAUCGACCGAGAUCUCUCGACAAAUCGGAAUUUCUCGCACCGCCGAACGACGCGAGCUGUAAUCUACGAAUUCUCCGAAAGAAGAUACGCAGACGAGCUGUGUGAGUUUCGUAACAAAGAGGAGAAAUCGCCGUUGCAUUCGACCUGUGUGCAUUGUGCGUUGUUUUUGAUUUUUUUUUUUAUACUUUUCUAUCCCAACGAUCUGCAGUGCCGAAGAGAGAGAUAGAGUGGAGGGGGAAAAAAAAGGAGUGGUAUAACGUACCUGCUCGCGUCGGGCAUUCUCCGCAUUGUAAGGGACGCGAUUUGUGAGUGAAAAAGGGAUAGGCUGAUGUAUGGCCGAUCGUCGGUGAAAGAAAGAAGGAAACGGAUUUUCUGGCGGUAUAGGUGCGAUUACCCGCGCGACGAACCGGCGACCUAACCUAACGACGACAACGGUCGAGAAGCGCGCGCGAGAAUCGGAGAGCAGGAUCUCGAGACGUGAAAGAAAGAAAAGGAGACUACAGGACGAAAGUGAAAAGGGAACGCUCUCCUCCGGUUCCCUCCUACGUUUAUUUGACAACGUCGUUGGUUUCGUGUGACAUGUGCCACAGAGUGAACUACUGAAAGAAGAUUCCGAAGAAGCGACUAUACCUUCGGCAGAGUACGCGGAUUAUCCUCGUAUUUACGGUGAGUUUUCUACGUGUGAAAUGUAGUUUCGUGGAAAACCGAGUCCCUGGAACAGCCUUGAACAAUUUCCGUUUUCGGUGCGCGGAGAGGAAUCCCCCCAGGAGUGCGUGCUCAAAAUUAUGCUCUACGGGGUGUCCAUUCGCUACUGGGACAUGGUGUUAGGUUUCUUGAGGAAUUCCUCGGUGUCGGCCUUUCCUUUCGAGGAAAAUUCGGGAUGCCGGUUGACUGAAGAUGGCCUCGCCGACAGACUCGCUGGGAUCGCGCGCGAAUUCCAUCGGGUCCCUGAACUCGCUGUCCCCUUUAACGGUGAGCGGUAGUUCGCCGCCCGCGAGCGACUCGGCGAUCUGCGACGUCGACAGCUGCGACCUUUGCUUCGACGCACCGAAGUCUGGCGAGGGGCCCUGCACACGUUGUCGCCUAGGAGGCCUCAGUAACGUUCGCUGCACCGGCUGCAAGUUCAACACUGAGCCAGACGCUGUGGCGCACUGCCUCGAUUGCGCCAACUUUCUCUGCUCGCACUGCGUGAUGGCGCACCAAUUCAUGCACUGCUUCGAGGGCCACCGGAUAUCCACCCUGGCCGAGGCGAAGCUCGAGACGGUCGGCGGGAGCGGCUGCGGCACGACCCAAACGACUACGGAAUUACCCAAGUGCACCAACGGCAGCACCGGCAGCGUCGGCGGCGGCGGUGGCGGCGGCGGUGGUAGCAACAGUCUAGUGAUAAACGGCAACAACGGCGGCGGCGUGGAGAAGGUGCACUACUGCACGCGACACAAGCAAGAGGUGCUGAAGUACUUCUGCCGCAGCUGCACCGUCAUGGUCUGCAAGGAGUGCUCGUUGACCGAUCACACGGGUCCGAUGCACGACUGCGGCCACGUCUCGGAAGUCGGGCCGCAGCAGUUGGACACGGUGGUGCGGCUGGUGCAGGAGUGCCGCGCGAAAGCGGCGGACGCGCGCGCCUCGAUCAAGGCGGCGGACCAGAACUCGGCGCAUCUGCAGAAGCAAUACCAGAAGGCGCAGAGCGAGAUCAACGAGACCUUCCAGUUUUACCGGUCGAUGCUGGACGAGCGCAAGCAGGAGCUGCUGAAGGAGCUCGAGUCGGUGUUCUCGACGAAGCAGCUCUCGCUGAACAUGAUCACGCAGAAGGCCACCGAGAUGUCGGACAAGAUCCUGCAGACGUGCGACUUCGUCGAGCGCGUGACCAAGUACGCCCACGUGAUCGAGGUGCUGAUGAUCAAGAAGAUCCUCGACACGAAGCUGCAGCAGCUGCUCAACUACACGCCCGACAUUGCCAGCCAGACCGCGGAUCUCGAGUUCGUCAGCAACUACCAGGCGAUACAGGUGGGCGUGAGGAACACCUUCGGAUACGUGCGGAGCAACAGCGAGAGCAGCGCCGGGCCGAUCGGCAAGCAGCCGCCGAUCGCGCGGCCCACCGCGCUCUCGAGCAACGGCAUCGGCGGCGGCAACAUCAGCAACGGGCCGGGCAGCGCGAGCUCGUUGGGCGGCCUCCUGCUGGAUCGGUCGUACAGCAACGGGCUGAUCUCGUCGAGCCUGAGCUGCGGCUCGUCCUCGUCGCCCUCGUCGAUCGACACGAUCAGCACCGUGAUUACGAAGCGGUUCAGCUCGGCCAACAGCCUCGGCCCGUUCUCCACGCCGAUCAGCGACGUCAAUCUCAACGGCAUGAACGCGAACCCGUACGAGAAGUGGAGCAACGGCGGCAGCGACGCCUACCCGGUAGUGACGAGCAACGACCAUUUCGCGAUGCCCACGGCGGUGGCCGUGGCGGCGAACGCCGCGCCCGGCGAGUCCGUCCUCGACCUCACAUCGAAGCUGAUGUCCGCCACCGCGAUAUUCCCGCCCAAGUCGCAGAUCAAGCGCAACAAGAUGAUUUACCACUGCAAGUUCGGCGAGUUCGGCGUGAUGGAGGGCCAGUUCACGGAGCCGUCGGGCGUUGCGGUGAACGCGCAGAACGACAUCAUCGUCGCCGACACCAACAACCACCGCAUCCAGAUCUUCGACAAGGAGGGUAGGUUCAAGUUUCAGUUCGGCGAGUGCGGCAAGCGGGACGGCCAGCUGCUCUAUCCCAACCGGGUCGCCGUUGUCAAGACGUCGGGCGACAUCAUCGUGACCGAGCGCUCGCCCACUCACCAGAUACAGAUCUACAACCAGUACGGCCAGUUUGUGCGCAAGUUCGGCGCGAACAUUCUGCAGCACCCCCGCGGCGUCACCGUCGACUCGAAAGGCCGGAUCGUCGUGGUCGAGUGCAAGGUGAUGCGCGUCAUCAUCUUCGACCAGUCCGGCAACGUGCUGCAGAAAUUCGGCUGCUCGAAGCACCUCGAAUUCCCGAACGGCGUGGUGGUGAACGACAAGCAGGAGAUCUUCAUCAGCGACAACCGCGCGCACUGCGUCAAGGUCUUCAACUACGAUGGCGCUUACCUGCGUCAGAUCGGCGGCGAAGGUGUCACCAAUUAUCCGAUCGGCGUCGGCAUCAACGGCGUGGGCGAGAUACUGAUAGCGGAUAAUCACAAUAACUUCAACCUGACCAUCUUCACGCAGGACGGUCAGCUGGUGUCAGCCCUCGAGAGCAAGGUGAAACAUGCCCAGUGCUUCGACGUCGCGCUGAUGGACGACGGCUCGGUCGUGCUCGCCAGCAAGGACUACCGGCUGUACAUAUACCGCUACGUGCAAGUGCCGCCGAUCGGCAUGUAGACCAACGAAACGUCGCGACGACGGCGAUGAUCUUCGUGCCCCGACGCCGACGUUCGUAAUCAUGCCAUCGUUUUCCUCGUUUCUCUUCAUCGUUGGCCGGCUGCGACUCGAUCUUUCCCUUCGCUCGUCUGUCUUCUUCUCUCGCGCCCGCUCCAUCGGCGACGCGUCCGGCUCACCGUCGUCAUCAUCCGCCCUUCUCCCCCCCCAUCUACCAACCGCCGGCCGUGAGAAGAGAAACCGAGAGAAAUAGAGAGAGACGCGCGUUGUGACGCGUGACUCUCGAGAGAUCGCGACUUCCGAACAAACGAAUGUGUCGUGUUCUCGCGGCAAGAGAGCGAAGAGAGAGAGAAGAAUGGAAAGAAAAAGCCUCCUCUCGCCGCGGAGGAACUUCCCGAGCCGCUCCUGUGUACUUUUUGGCGAACCACGGACAUUAUCGACGGUAUGCGAGAAAGCGCGCUCCCCUUCGAUACACACCUACCCUCCUUGCGAGUCUCCGCGAGUGCUCUUCUUCUUCGCGCCCGCGUCACAUGGCCCCGACGCGGGCGGGUGCGCGACGUUGGAUCUUGAGGAGCCGCGACGAUGAAAAGAGUGGGAGAGUAAGAGAGAGAGAGAGAGAGAGAGGACGUAAAUCACAGAGCCCUGGUCCCGAAUAUUCGCGCGCUCGCGUGCGUGCACACUUUUCUUCGCGCGUACGCGCUCCAGUACACACGCGCGUGCGCACAAAAAAAAGGAAACUUACUUGUUAAUGUUGUUAUAAUACUGAAAAUACUGUUGUUGUUGUUUAGUUGUAGAGCUCGCCGCCGCUAGUCACUUCCCCCUCGCCUCCCUCCGCUCCUCCUCCCUUCACAUGUACUCACAACAAUCAUACACACCCGCACACAUCUUCAUAUAUCCCCGUCUCCCUCCGUUCGGCACUAAUCAACGAUCUUCUCUCUCUGAGACAACUCUGAUUCGACGAUCAACACCGAGAGGCGCGUUUCCACCCGUCGCGACACCCUCGGACCAGCCGAGCCACUUUCGCUUCUGACCGCUCUCGUCGGUCGUGCUUCCCGUCCUCGGAUUAUCGACGCGCGGUUUAAGCCCGGCUACCUCAUCUUCGACGGACAAUCACAACGGGGUGCUGAACGAUCGAGAACGAUCGAGCCGAUCGUCGCGAUCGUUCGCGCUCGACUCUCGCUCCUGAAACUUCGUGAAGAUCCCGAGGAACGCGCGUCGUCCCGCGAAACUUCGUUCGUUUAAUCGCUCACUCGUUCUCUCUCUCUCUCUUUUUCCCCCUCCCUCUUUCUUCGGACAAAGGGAGAGUUGAAAUUCGUUCGCGAGCCACACACACACACACACACCAGGAUUCAACGCGCGCCAACUUUCCCGAUAGAUCCGAUCUCGCGUGUCCCACGGGACACGAAAGUGAUCCUUCGUUUGCUCAAACUAACCGUCAUACACCGUCCACAAAACACACACACACACACACACACACACGUGACACAUACGGACACAGAUGCAAUACACAGAACUCGACGACACGCGUUGUUCGUCGCGCCGAUUGUCCAAGUAUCUGGAUUGUUUGAUCUUGCGGCGCGUACAAGCAGUCAAAUAGAUCCGCACACUGACCGAAGGCGCGGCUGCCUUCGCGAUGGUUGCUUUUCGUUUCCCAGAUUCACGCAUUCACGUUCGCACGCCGUGCGUACGGAUAAUUGUUUGGCCCCGAUCGAUCGAUCGAGGCGAUACGUCAAACAAUUGAUCCGCGCGAGAUCGCCGAAACGUUCGCACAACGAGGUACGCACAAGACGCGUCACCCUGUGUUUGGACCCGCGUGGCCACCGUGGGACUUCGAUUACUCGUGCACGCAUACUUCGCCGAUUAUCUCACACCGAUUGGCUAAUCGUGUAGGAGUUCGCGUCUCGCGUCUGAAAUUCAUAUUCGCAUUACGAUGAAAAUGAUUAAGCGUCUCUAUCCAAAAUCUCUGCUACUUCCGUUGAGGUUCGCUUGAGAAAGAGAGAGAGAGGGAUACACGACCCUAUCAUCGAAUUAGUAGAGAUUUUACAGAAUAAUUAUUUUCCUCGUAAUGUUCAGACCUUGACUAUAACGGUAAUCGGAGAUACAUUAGGAAUCGAGAAUGACGACCGAUCGAUUGGAAGUUGGCGCGCAAAUCGUCUCCCGAAUCCGAAAUUAGAGAAAUAGAGAGAGGGACGACGUACAGCAUGGAAGCGUUGUCGUGAAUCGGAUGUGUCGUUGUUGAAUUUUUCACUCAAACCCACCCCCUUGCCCCCUUUUCGGGUUAUCACAGUCUUUCACUCGUAUGCGCAACGCUCAUCGACGAUCCUCCUUCCGCGGAAAUUCGUCGCGUGACGCAUUGCGUAAUUACGAAUAUAUACAUAUAUAUAUAUACACACGUGUGUUGCGCGCAUUCGCUUCUCUCGUCUCUCCUCGAUUUGAUUUAUCAUUGCCGGUUACAUAUUCAUCCGGUUCAUUCCCACACGUUCUUUCCGAAGCCGCGGCGGGAACGUCGAGAGCUCACGCGUCGAGUUAAAUUCGCGCGCGGCCGACGUAUUUCCCCGGCCCUUCGCAUGCACUUUUCUCGAGGAGCGCGCUCGGUAUCCAUUUUUUCGAAGAGACACGGUCGUGCGUGUCGCGACUGAUACUUUCCGAAAACGCCAUCGGGGCGACCACCGAGAACACGACCGCGGUCGGAACCUUGCGAACUCGUCGGCGAGGAAUGAGAGAGGAUCGCUCGACUCGCGCGGAGACGGCAAUCAUCGAGGACUCGCGCGGAGAAUGUGUCGCAAGGUGAAUGAAUCUCCUCGAGUAUAGGAAAAUACGCGGUAUAGAGCAGCGGAAAAGCGCAGCCAGUAGGGCGUUCCACACACACACACACAUCAUCGGGUGUCCGAUCAUACCCCACGCGUGAAGGAAAGCCAAUGGCGCGCGCGUAUAUCAAGCGCGCUGCGCUACGUUGUUGUCGUCGCGAAGCUUCAUUCUCGGGGCUCGCCUCUCUCGCAGCGAAAUGAGACGCGGACGGCCGUCCAUCACCGGCCGUUGUCCUGUCAUGGUCAACCGCUGCCGUCAACGAACGAAAGCGAGAGAGAACACGGGCCGUUGUCGCUUUCUCCAGAUAUUCCCUAUCCUUCGACGAGAUCUUCGUUCUUUCUAUCUUUCUUUCGCGUUUUCUUUAUUAUUAUUAUUAUUAUUAUUUCUUUUUUUUAAUUUCUUUAUUACUGUAGUAAGGUAUCUUUAGUGAACGCAUAUAGUAGCCACAUUAGUUGUCGUAGCUGAUUGUAUAAGACUUCUCCUUCUAGCUCUGUAUUUCGUUCUCUCUGUACGCAUACAUUGUCGCAGCCUGAGGCGCACGCUCUGUUCCUCUCGUCAUCAUCCUCUCUCGCGUCGCUGUGCUUAUUAUAAAAACAUACACGUGUUUGUCGUAGCUUGCGGAUUUCGACGAAACCAUCACCACCAAUCCCACCACCAUCCAUCCUGCAAACCGUCAACGGAUAAGAUGCCACCAACCACCGCUAUCAUGAUCCUCUACGACCCCGCUCGCGACCCGACACUGCCGCGCGCGACCGUUUUAGGCUCGCGUCGGCAUUGUAUUCACACUUUUCCUUCCGCUCCCCUCCCUCCGCUGUCGAACCUAUAGUAUUAAUAUAUUUUGUUGGAUGGGUCGCCGGAAGUUCCACGGCUAUUCACCGUGCGACUCCAUGCAUGUUUACUAUUAUUAUAUAUUAUUUUUUUAUUAAUAUUAUAUUAUAUUAUUAUUACAUUAUUAUUAUUGUAUUGCGGCUUUCGAUGCGAUUUCCGUUCAUCGACGCGAUACGUGAUCGUACUCCCCCGGAAUUUAGCGAAGGGAAAAAAAGGCUAGCUGGCACGUCCUUCCAACGGCUCCAUUACUCGAUCAUGGGGAUUCGCGAAUUGCACCAGGAUCUUUCCCGGCUGCCGAUUGUCGACGAUUUAAACGCGAGGAAACGUCGAUUGACGCUCGCAACGUGCUGGAAGUUUUGGAAAGCCCUAGCUGUGUCGGUCUGAAACUUCCAGACUUCCGCGUUCGUCGUCUCAUCCGCUCAGCCACGGAAGAGGAAUCUUACGUCAGUCGAACGAUACGACGGGUUUUAACGCACUGAUGAAUUUAAUCGUUUUAAAGCUUUGAUUUUCCGUUGCUCCAUCGGACGAGCGCGAUCGUAGCGCCAACGUUCAUCCAGUCGGCUCGCGGAUAUAUCCCUUUUCGAAUGAAAGUGACGUAUUUUUAAAUGAGGAAACGGUGGUCUAUCAACGGACGACCAUUCGCGGCGAUUCGGCUGGAGGAGCGCUCACCGAACUACGUUCGAACGCUCCUACAUCCCGGAAUUAUUCUCUUAUCGCGAUCGACCAGCCCGCCUGGAGGAUCCUGGGCACAAUUCGUAGUCAUCGCUGUUUCCCCGAUUGCUUGAUUCGGUAGUCGAGAUCCGAUCGUAUCCAGAUCCUUGUAAUGAGCUCUAGCGGGACUCUAAUCCGAAUGUCUUGAAUUUCUGAAUCAACCAGUACGAAUUUAUAGCAUUACUAUUACUACUACAUUAUACGAUAGGAAAGAAAGAUUUGUAGUCUAAGCGUUCUGUCUUUUUUUUUUAUUUUGUAGUCCAUUAUAAUAUCUCUUUAUCGAUAACACGCGAGAUUCUAGAUUUAAGUAGGAAUGUUUUCGGCUCGGUCGACUUGGUAGAAGCAAGUUUCUCAAGUAAGGUGGACCCCUCAUAUUAAUCGACACUCGCGAGUUUGAUUUCGACCCGUUCCGCGCGCGAUCGAUGAAAUUCGACGGGUACAAAAAAGUGUGCGCGUAUACGGGAACGGUUGGAACGGUGAAUCCUGCGAUCUUAACGCGAAUAAUUGUUGAGGACUACCGAACCAGGUGAUCGUCGUGGAGUCCGCGUCCUUGUUCGUCCCGCGAACGUCUUCCGCGAUCUUUCUCCGUCAAGCCGCAACGGUCGAGAUUGUGAAUCGCCACUGUGUGUGCUUCUACGCUCCUGUCGCUUAUCAACCCGAGUGAAAGAGUCGACCGAGCAAUUCUCUCUUGGACAUUUUCCGAUCGGUCCUCGCCGCGAAGACAAUAUGCCAGGACGAACAAGGACGGCGGAUAUUCGCAGUGUGUGUAUGCGUGCGCUUGAGUGAGAUCGCAAGGAAAGAAGAAUCAGGGUCGGGAUCAUCCCAAUCAAUUCCCGUACUUCCUCUCGCGGCGGUUCUGUUCCGAUUUUUUUGUCUCCGGUCUGACGACUCGACGAUAUUUUCGCGUCGGGCCACGCCGUAUUGUUCUAUUCUUUUUUUUUUUUUUUCAUUCAUUCGACGAGUCGUCGUGUCGUUUCCAUAUUAAUUAAUAAUCGCGCGCGCCACUCAAUCUAUAAUCUCUUUUAAAUAACUCGACGAGAAUGGAAACGCGUUCAUCCGUGAAAAUGCUCGACCCUCUCCCCUUUCAGCGAAAAAAAAACGGAGUUCCAAGAACGAAAAGUUUUCGGGAAAUACGCGAGGGAAAGAUUUCGCACUAUUAUCUAGACGGUCAUCACACGAGGUAUCUGUCCACUAGUAUUUAUACCGCUUAAGUGUAUGUUGAUAUGUAGUUAAUAUUAUUACCAUUAUUUUUUGUCUUUAUCAUUUAUCAUUUAUUACGAUUAUUAUUGCUA